CUUAUUCAGAAAUGACUCUUUUGGUCCAUGAACUUGUCGCCGUCUGCACUUUAUUGUUACUUUAAUGAACAUCUUUGAAGAUCGCACAGAUCUCACUGCCUGCGAUCGAUUAAAAAACUUCACGUUCUUCUUCUCCCGCUCUGAUCGAACUAAAGUAGUCAAGAAACUCUUCGUUGCACCGGGAAAGAGACCGAAGAGGCGGUGGAGUGCAGAGUGUUUACGAAGCUGCUCGUUUGAGGGUCAACACGGCUCCUGUGAGGAGGACACCAGGCGAGGCGAGUGAUGCUGAGGCAGUAGCGAUCUGAUUACGCAGGUUUGUUCCCAUGUAGUCAGAGCCUGCCAGGUUUCUUCUGGUUGUGCUCGAGGCCGGCAACGACCAUAUACAGAGUUCGAGGAACUCUAAGAGAUCCCAAUGCCUUGCACUUCUUUACUUGGGACUGUGGAACUUUGGAUUCCGACUGAGAUUCAUGUGCUCGUUUCCUUUGCUCGAGGAAAGUUUUAUGUUCUCAGCACUUGAGGACAUUUGGGUCAAGGUGCAGAGGCCAGCCAGUGAGUGAAACUUUGUCGAAGUUUUGAUGGACGUUGUGGCGUAUUUUCGUGCUCGUGCUCGCUAUCGUUCGUAGAGAUCGAAGAGCGACAACGAAGAGAUCAAGUGGGAGAAACUCCAGCGAGAAGUUUGGCUUCAGCGAGACAGAACGGCGAGAUGGUGGUGCAAGGUGCUGGUUCAGUUGCCCGUGGCGACCAGCCUUUGUUCUGGACGCGUGCCAAGUCCUCAGAGUCGGACGGCAUUGUAGUAGUUACGGCCUGGGUUUUUUCGAAGCCCCGGCAGCUGGAGCACUACUCUCGCUUCUAUGCUUCAAGUAAUUGGGAUUCUCUCAUUUGCCAUCCGAAAGUCUUCAACCUCUGGUUUCCAGAGUUGGCCAAGAACUUAGCUCUACAAGUGCUCGAUGAAUUGGCUCAGGAGCUCGAGAAGAGGCCGAGACCUGUUGUUUUCGCUACAUUCUCUGGCGGGUACUUGACCUGCUUGUGGAAGAUUUUCCAGAUACUCCAGGGUACGUGCGUGGAUGUAGACUGCACGUUGGAAAUGUACAAAACCGUAAGGAAAUGCUAUGCUGGUCAGAUACAUGAUUCAAGUCCAGCAGAUUUUAAUAGCAAGAUCGGAGCAAAUAUGGCCAGCCACCCAUCAGUUCUGAACACUCGGAAGAGAGUGGCAGUCGUGACUUGGGCUGCUCAUGCUACUGCGAAAUUGCUGGACUCUAUCUGGCUGAAGAGAUUUGAGGCGCAGAACAAGGAGCUGUGGACUACGCUCUACAAAUCUGGGGAAAUGGGUCCUAUCAUGGUUCUGUGCUCCAAGGAUGAUGACAUCGUUCCAUUCAACAUCAUUGAAGAUUUUUGCUCCAGGAUGACUGAUCUUGGUUGCAAAGUAACGAUGAUUGCGUGGGAGAAGUCGGCUCAUGUCGAUCACUUCAGAAGGCAUACAGAUGAAUACAAGCAUGCGGUGCGUUCUUUCCUAGAAACCGCAAAGACGUCACGUGCGGCCUCGAUAGGCUUACGUCCUGAAAAAUGCUCUGUAGGUUUUGUGGAAGCAAACCACGUGAACGGGGUAUAUCGAUGUUUUCAACCAGAUUUAUGCUCGUCAGCUGGUUUGCACAGAGUGGAAGACGCUAGCCCGAAAUUAGAAACUCGAAACAAGUUAUUCCCUGGAACAAUGUCAAGACUUUAGCCACUCUAGUGGGAGCGAAGCAGCUGGCACUAGCUUUUGGCCAAAGCAGCAGUGAAUUUGAUGGACUUGGAAAGCUGUGGAUUAGGCGUCAGCGUGGCGAAUCAGCCCCGGCCACGGAACGAGGACUUGAAGCUCAUACAGCGGACUCCAUGUCCAAAGUUACAGGAGGAGAACUUAAUCCUCUUUUGGUUACGAGCUGAGUACAAGUUAUGUUUGCAUAGAAAAUGCGUUCGCAAUCCGAUCACUUUUUUUUAACAGUAAAUCCAAGAAAAACCUUCAGACAUUUUAUACGUUUCUCGAGCUGAGAAACAUUGAUUGAUAGCACAGCAAAGCGCAGUAAAAUAUUCUCCAUUAUGACCC